AUGGCGUGUAUCAAGUGGGUGAACAGAUCGGCGUCGGUGGCGCUGGCGCCGGACGCUCCGUAUAUGGCCGCCGGAACGAUGGCGGGCGCGGUGGAUCUGUCCUUUAGCUCGUCCGCCAGCAUCGAGAUUUUCAAGCUCGAUUUUCAAUCUGAUGAUUGUGAUCUCCCUGUGGUCGGCGAGUCGCAAAGCCCCGAGAGAUUUAACCGUCUCGCCUGGGGGAAAAAUGGAUCCAGUUCCGAGCAGUAUGAUCUUGGAUUCAUUGCUGGUGGGCAUGUGGAUGGCAGCAUUGGCAUCUGGAAUCCUUCAGCGUUGAUCCGGGGUGAGCCAAAUGAAGGAGCUUUUGUUGCUAGUCUUGCAAAUCAUAAAGGCCCUGUGCGUGGCCUUGAAUUUAAUUCCUUCACCCCAAAUUUACUUGCAUCGGGUGCUGAUGACGGUGAGGUUUGCAUAUGGGAUUUGGCCUCCCCAGCGGAACCUUCCCAUUUCCCACCUCUCAAGGGUUCGGGCUCUUCUUUGCAAGGUGAAAUCUCUUAUGUAUCUUGGAAUAGCAAGGUCCAGCAUAUAUUAGCAUCUACUUCACAUAAUGGAAACACUGUUGUUUGGGACUUGAAGAAGCAAAAACCAGUUAUAUCUGUCUCGGAUUCAACGAGUAGACGAUGCUCUGUUCUGCAGUGGCACCCUGAUGUUGCCACUCAGCUAUUUGUUGCAUCAGAUGAUGACAGUUCUCCUGCUUUAAGGCUUUGGGAUAUGCGGAACACUCUGAAACCAGUCAACGAGCUGGUUGGUCACACCAAAGGUGUAAUUGCUAUGGCAUGGUGUCCCAGUGACAGCUCCUAUCUGCUUACUUGUGGCAAAGAUAAUCGAACUAUCUGCUGGAACACUGUCACUGGAAAGAUUGUUUGUGAAUUGCCCUCAGGGAACAAUUGGAACUUUGAUGUCCAUUGGUACCCUAAAAUCCCAGGAGUAAUAGCAGCAUCUUCUUUUGACGGAAAGAUUGGGCUUUACAAUAUUGAGGGAUGUAGCCAUUAUGGGAUCGAAGAGACUGAUUUUGGAGCAGUGCCACUUAGAGCCCCAAAGUGGUAUAAACGGCCCGCGGGAGUUUCCUUUGGCUUUGGAGGAAAGCUUGUGUCAUUUCAUCCCAAGUCCACUUCAGGGGAUUCAGAGGUGCUUUUACACAACCUGGUGACGGAACAAUCUUUAGUGAGUCGGUCAUCUGAAUUUGAAGCUGCAAUCAACAAUGGGGAGAAAUCGUCCGUGAAGUCAUUAUGUGAAAGAAAAUCAAAAGAGUCCGAAUCCGAGGAGGACCAACAGACCUGGGGAUUCCUCAAGGUUAUGUUUGAAGAAGAUGGGACUGCAAGGUCAAAGAUGCUCAACCACCUUGGUUUUAGUUUACCUGUUGAAGAGAAGCCUGCAGUAGUUGAUGAUCUUAGCCAGGAGAUCAGUACACUUCAGCUGGCCGAUGUUGCAACAGACAAAGUGGGGUAUGAGAAAGAGAAAGAGUCUGUCAUGUUUGCUGGAGAUGAUGGCGAAGAUUUCUUCAACAAUCUUCCAAGCCCAAAAGUUGAUACACCUGUUUCAUCGUCUGUGGAGGCCACUUCUCCUCACAAUGCCGAAGAAACCAGACAAGAGCUUGAUGGACUGGAAGAGAAUGCUGACCCAUCAUUUGAUGAUUGUAUUCAGCAUUCUUUGGUUGUGGGAGAUUAUAAGGGGGCAGUUGCACAGUGCAUUUCUGCAAAUAAGAGGGAUGAUGCUUUGCUUAUUGCACAUCUUGGUGGACCUACCUUGUGGGAGAAAACACGUGAUCAGUGUCUUAAACUGAACCGGUCACCGUACAUGAAGAUUGUUUCAGCAAUGGUGAACAACGAUCUCUUGAGCCUAGUAAACACAAGGCCUCUGAAAUAUUGGAAAGAAACACUUGCCCUUCUUUGCACAUUUGCCCAAAAUGAGGAAUGGAGUAUGCUGUGUGAUGUGCUUGCUUCCAAACUAAUGUCUGCUGGUAAUACUUUGGCUGCGACUCUAUGUUAUAUAUGUGCGGGGAACAUAGACAAGACGGUUGAAAUAUGGUCACGAAAUUUGUCAUGUGACAGUGAAGGAAAAACCUAUGUUGACCUGCUACAGGAUUUGAUGGAGAAGACUAUUGUCUUUGCUCUGGCAAGUGGACAAAAGCGCUUUAGUGCAUCUCUGUGCAAGCUUGUUGAGAAAUAUGCCGAGAUUUUGGCAAGUCAGGGGCUUUUAACGACUGCUAUGGAAUACCUGAAACUCCUGGGAUCUGAUGAUUUGUCUCCUGAACUUGUUGUCUUAAGAGAUCGUAUCUCACUUUCUACAGAGCCUGCAGAACAUGCAGCUGCAGCUUAUGAGAACACACAAUUUCAGAGCGAACGGCCCAGUUUCAGCGCUGCUGACACAUCUCAUUCCUUUUAUCCGGAAACAGCACCAUCACACUUGCAGCAGCAUGGUGUUACUGCUGCCGCAUAUGGAGAAAAUUACCAGCAGACUUCUUAUGGAAGAGGAUAUGGAACUGCAACAUAUCAACCUGCUUCCCAGGGCAGUCCUUACCAGCCUGCUGCACCUUCUCAAAUGUUUGUUCCGUCUCAGGCACCUCAGAUGCCUCAGGCAAAUUUCGCUCCGCCUCCUCCGAGCAGUCAACAAGCUGUUAGGACAUUUGUUCCUUCAAAUGUUCCAAUCGUUAGAAAUGCAGACCAGUACCAGCAGCAGCCAACGUUGGGAUCUCAGUUGUAUCCUGGGGCUUCAAAUCCGGGAUUCCAACCUGUACAGUCUCCUGCUCCUCAAGCCCCAGUUGGAGCUCCUAUGGGAAUGCCAAAUGUUGUGGCCCCAACAUCAACUCCUGUGGGAUUUAGACCUGUAGCAAACUCUGUUCACAGACCGAGCAUCAAUUCAUUGCAACCAUCCACUCCUAGCCAGUCGGCAUCUGUGCAACCAGCUGUGGCACCAGUUGCUCCACCUCCUACUGUACAGACAGUUGAUACUUCAAAAAUUCCUGCGCACCAUAAACCUGUUGCUGCAACAUUGACGAGACUUUUUAAUGAGACAUCGGAAGCUUUGGGUGGUUCACGGGCAAACCCAGCUAAGAAGAGAGAAAUAGAAGAUAAUUCAAAGAAAAUUGGUGCUUUGUUUGCUAAACUCAACAGUGGUGAUAUUUCGAAAAAUGCUUCCGACAAGCUUAUUCAGCUGUGUCAGGCGUUGGACAAAGGUGACUUCAGCACUGCCCUGCAAAUUCAGGUGAUGCUCACAACUAGCGAGUGGGACGAAUGUAACUUCUGGUUAGCGACCCUGAAGCGUAUGAUCAAGACUAGGCAGGGAGCAGGUGUAAGAAGUUAA